CAACCAUGGAUGAAGUAAGUUUGCUGUGUAGCACUUUAUUUUCGAAGAAGACCGGAGUAAAUGGAGAGGGAUUGCCUUUCUCCCGUGCCUGUAUACUGCUAAACAGUUGGUGGAGAGAUUUGUUAUAUUGCGUCUCAAAUGGUCUGAUGAAGCUGCAUAGUAAAUGAUCCUUAUGAUCUCAGUAAUGAAAAGAAGACUUUCUUUUGUGUUGUUGAUGAAAAAACGAAAAUAUUUGAAUACACCCGAAUAACAUCUCAUUGCUCUCCGCAUUGCGUUUUUCUUUUUUCCAUUUUCUAUUGAUUGCAUUGAAUGGUGUUGCACUGUGGUGAUAAACUACGGCACUGAUAAUAGGAAGUCGUUUGCCCCCUGUGUUGUGAAGAGUUGGACAUCUCGGACAGACAAUUUUUCCCCUGUAAAUGUGGUUAUCAAGUAUGUAUGUGGUGCUGGCACCGAAUUCGAGAAUCGGAGUCCGGAUUGUGUCCAGCGUGCCGUACACCGUAUGGGGAUGACCCUCACGAAUUUAGUGCUGUCGAUGUAGAGGAUGUCUUAAAAGCAAAUAAGGAGAAGGAAGCAGCAGCGAAAAAAGAAAGAGAUCGCCAGAGGCAUCAGUCCAACGAGGGAUAUAUCUCGGAAGUGGAGGGACUUGCAGGCGGGAGGCAAGUUGGUCAAAUGGAGAUCCCUAAGGAUCGAACUCAAUUAGCAAAUAUGAGGGUUAUCCGUAGAAAUCUGGUGUAUGCGGUAGGUCUUCCACCGAAUAUUUCUACAGAAGAACAACUCCGGAAACCCGAGUAUUUCGGACAGUACGGAAAAAUUGCGAAAAUUGUUAUCAACCGAAGCCAAACGACUUCAGGAGGAGACGCAAGACGAGCGAGUGCUUCUGCCUACGUCACAUUGGUGCACAAGGUACGUUAUUUGAUACACCAAAGAGAUUGUUCAUUUAUCCAGAGUUACGUCGAGAAGUUUUUGUUGACGCAUGCAUAUAUCACUUCCCAUCCAACCAAACAAUACGCCCAAUGCAUUUAUGUUUUCUGACGAAACCAACUCUUUUGUUUCUGCCAAUUUGCGUUGGCACAAUCAAUCUCAUUCCUAGGAGGAUACGCUGGCUUGUAUUUUGGCGUUAGAUGGGUUCUAUAUGGAUGGCCGGAAUGUACGAUCGUCUUAUGGGACCUCAAAAUACUGCUCUGCAUUUAUAAAGAACGUUCGCUGUAACAAUCCAGAAUGUACCUAUCUUCAUAAUAUGGGACUAAUAGAAGACACGUUUACAA